AUGCAGCAACCAUUUGCCAAUAGUGCAGCAGUUCAACAAAAAAUAAAUAGUAGCAGUUCACCCUCAAAAGAGGCAGCAGAAACACAACAGGAACCCAAAUCUCAACAUACUGCAAAACAGCUCGUUAAGAUUGCAGCAGCAAAUCGAGUGCAGUACUGUUCUUUGUCAAAUCCCAGGAACACAAUGGCAUCCCCAAGCAUAAUACAGCAGCAAAGGUCAGCACCACAGAGAAAACAACAAGAACUAAUAGCAGCUAUUCGUAGCAAGUGCUUGCCUCAGGAGGACAACAGUUUGUAUUACUGGUCCCAGGAGGAGCAUGAGCGGCAUUUGAGGAUUGUUUUUAAGACUUUGAGGGACAAGAGGCUUUAUGCUAAGUUCUCCAAAUGUGAUUUCUCGCUUAGUUCUCUGGCGUUUUUGGGGCACGUGGUGUCCAAGGAUGGUAUCAUGGUUGACCCACAGAAUAUUGAGGUUGUUCGUGAUUGGGGUAGGCCUACUACAGUUUCAGAGGUUUGGAGCUUUGAUGGUUUGCCUAGUAACUAUCAACGAUUCGUUGAGGGAUUUUCUGAUCUAGCAUCUCUCCUUACCAAAUUGACCCAAACGAAAGGAAAGGUCAUAGCCUAUGUUUCCAGGCAAUUGAAGGUGCACGAGAAGAACUACCCCGUUAAUGACUUAGAGUUAGUAGAGGUGGUGUUUGCUUUAAAGAUUUGGAGACACUAUCUCUAUGGCGUGCCUUGUGAGAUUAGGGAGAGACCUUUGGCUAGAGAGAUUCAGAGUUUAGCAAAUUCCUUGGUUAGGAUUGAUAUUUCUGAACCUAGAAGGUUUGAUGAUCCAAAGUUGUGCAAAAUUCGUGAUAAAGUGUUGAAUGGAAAUGCUCGUGAGGCAAGGCUUAAUGAAGAAGGGAUUUUGAGGAUCAAAGGACGAGUGUCUGUGCCUCGAACUGGAGAUUUGACUACUUUGAUUAUGGAGGAGGCUCACGGCUCAAGGUAUUUUAUUCACCGUGGUGUUAUGAAGAUGCAUCGAGAUCUGAAGCAACACUAUUGGUGGUGUAGCAAGAAGAGGGAUAUUGUGAAGUUUGUGUCUCGGUGUUUGAUAUGCCAACAAGUGAAGUAUGAGCAUCAAAAGCCUAGGGGGAAUUUCUCAAAGAAUGUCCAUUCCCGAGUGGAAGUGGAAAGGUUUGCUAUGGACUUUGUGGUAGGAUUACCAUGGACUUUAGGUAAGUUUGACUCGAUCUGGGUGAUUGUGGAUCGUUUGACUAAGUCAGCUCAUGUCAUUCCUGUUCAGAUGACUUAUACUUCUGAGAAGCUUCCUAAGAUCUAUAUUCGUGAGAUUCUUCUUUUGCAUGGAGUGCCCAUUUCCAUCAUUUCAGAUAAAAGGCCUCAGUUCACCUUUCAUUUCUAG